GUCCUUGUCUGAUCGCCAUUCCGACACAGCGACAUGGCAUCAUCAUCAUCAUCAUCAUCUCAAUUCUCUCAAGCCAAGGAGAGGACAGGCAGGGACAUCUGUCUUUCAAGGUGAACAUCAUAUCGUCUGCCAUAAUAAUAACUAAUACCCGCCAUGGCGGCCUACUCCUUCCCUGUGUCAUCCUCCUUCACCCAACCUACACCCUCCUUUUAUGGAUCGAAACGCUUUAAUCUGUCGUUACAAUCUUCGUUUCCGCUCAAAUACCAGCAUAACCAGACUUUGAGGAUUGUUUCAAGUUCGGUUUCAAUCUCCAAUCCGGGACUGCGAACCGGCCCGGAUGAUCUAGUUGUUUCUAUUCUCUCCAAGGUGGCGCAAACGGACGGUGGGGUUUCACUGGCCAAAAAAGACCACGAAGAGGUAGCUGAAGUAGCUGACGAGUUGCAGAAAUAUUGCGUAGAUGAACCAGUAAAAUGCCCUUUAAUCUUCGGAGAGUGGGAUGUGGUUUACUGUUCGAGGCCUACAUCACCAGGGGGCGGCUACAGAAGUGCAUUUGGCCGCCUCUUCUUCAGGACCAAGGAAAUGAUUCAGGCUGUUGAAGCUCCCGACACCGUCCGAAACAAAGUCUCCUUUUCGGUUUUUGGGUUUCUAGAUGGAGAGGUUUCGUUGAAAGGAAAGCUGAAGGUACUGGAUGGUCAAUGGAUUCAAGUCAUUUUUGAGCCUCCUGAACUGAAGGUAGGAGCAUUGGACUUCCGAUAUGGCGGUGAGAGUGAAGUCAAGCUGCAGAUCACAUACAUAGAUGAGAAGGUCAGACUGGGAAAGGGCUCCAGAGGUUCUUUAUUUGUAUUUCAAAGGCGUGGAUAGGUGUGCAAGAUUGAUUCUUGCAGAUUCAUAGACAGAAUACUUAAGAUCCUUAUGUGCUACCGGAAAUUGCUGAUGUUGUUGAAACUGGCGCAUGAGAAACCUUAAAUGGACAUAACCAGACAAUCUAACUUGUGGGGUCGAAGUGCCCUAUUUUUCCUGGUCGUGGAUUUGGAAUCCAUGUGUGAUUGUGCCAAUGUGUAUCCAUGUAUCUCGAGUAUGAAGGAUUUGAUCUUGCAGAUACACGCGCACGGUUUCUACAUUUUUCUCUAUGGUUAAUGUGAAGUUGCAUGUAUGGGCAUGCUUGAGUAUUAAGAACAUCAUUUUGAUGGAUUAAAUAUCAAAAUUUAAUUUA